AUAUCCACCCGCUGACUCUUCUCAACCAAUCAUAAAGACAUUGGUACUAUAUACUUAGUCUUUGGUGCCUGAGCCGGAAUGAUCGGAACUGGCCUUAGCCUCUUAAUUCGGGCUGAAUUAAGCCAACCCGGGACACUCCUUGGUGAUGACCAAAUCUAUAACGUAAUUGUUACAGCACAUGCUUUUGUAAUAAUCUUUUUUAUAGUCAUGCCUAUUUUAAUCGGAGGCUUUGGUAACUGAUUAGUCCCGUUAAUAAUUGGGGCCCCAGACAUGGCCUUUCCCCGUAUAAACAAUAUAAGCUUCUGACUCCUGCCUCCCUCCUUUUUUCUUCUCCUAGCAUCCUCAAUAGUUGAAGCAGGUGCCGGAACCGGGUGAACUGUUUACCCGCCCCUAGCAGGUAAUCUCGCCCACGCCGGUCCUUCCGUAGACCUGGCUAUUUUUUCCUUACACCUCGCCGGUGUUUCAUCUAUUCUUGGGGCUAUUAAUUUCAUCACCACCAUCCUAAAUAUAAAGCCCCCUUCAACUACGCAAUACCAAACCCCUUUAUUCGUGUGAUCCGUCCUUAUUACGGCUGUCUUACUGCUCCUGUCCCUCCCCGUCCUGGCCGCAGGCAUCACUAUACUUCUUACGGAUCGCAAUUUAAACACCACCUUUUUUGAUCCGGCUGGGGGAGGGGACCCCAUUUUGUACCAACAUUUAUUCUGAUUCUUUGGACAUCCGGAAGUGUAUAUCCUAAUUUUACCCGGCUUCGGGAUCAUCUCCCAUGUAGUAGCCUACUACUCUAGUAAAAAGGAGCCCUUCGGUUAUAUGGGCAUGGUGUGAGCCAUGCUUUCAAUCGGCCUCUUAGGCUUUAUUGUUUGAGCACAUCAUAUAUUUACCACUGACCUAAAUGUAGACACACGGGCAUACUUCACUUCAGCUACAAUAAUUAUCGCUAUCCCAACGGGUGUAAAAGUAUUUAGUUGAUUGGCCACCAUGCAUGGGGGUAUCAUUAAGUGGGAAGCGCCCAUACUGUGGGCCCUAGGCUUUAUUUUCUUAUUCACUGUGGGGGGACUAACAGGAAUUGUUCUGGCCAAUUCUUCCAUUGACAUUGUCCUUCAUGAUACAUAUUAUGUAGUUGCCCACUUCCACUAUGUUCUAUCCAUGGGGGCAGUUUUCGCAAUUAUGGCCGGAUUUGUUCAUUGAUUCCCCUUAUUUACAGGAUUUACUUUACAUAAGACAUGGACUAAAAUCCAAUUUGGUGUUAUAUUUGCCGGAGUAAAUAUUACCUUCUUUCCACAGCACUUCUUAGGCCUGGCAGGAAUGCCUCGUCGAUACUCAGACUACCCCGACGCCUACACACUCUGAAACACCGUCUCUUCUAUUGGCUCCCUCAUUUCCCUUGUGGGCGUUAUUAUGAUAAUGUUUAUUAUUUGAGAGGCUUUUACAGCUAAACGUUACUUUACAGGCCCAGAAUUAACCUCAACAAAUAUUGAAUGACUCCUCGGAUUCCCACCCCAGCAUCAUACAUUUGAGGAGUCCUCAUUUACAGUAAAAAUCGACCGAGAAAGG